ACGUGCCAUCUACUGAAAGACAAAGAUAGCGACAGUCGGUCCAAGCAUUCGUAAAUGAAUUUCUGAAAUUUCAGGAGCUCAUUCCCAAGUAUCACCCCGAUGUGACAUAUGUUGGAUAAACACAUGUGCUACCGUGAUCCUCAACUAUAAACUCACCGAACGAUCAUUGAAGAUGUCAAGAUGAAGUACCGCUUUCCCAAAAUACGAAACGGUGAAUCUUUCGGGUAUCACAUCAGUAUCGGCCAGAACAUGAACCUAGCGAAUUGCCAAUAUAGCUUCCAAAAUCAGAGAAAAGAGCCUAAGGACAAUGUAUAUAAAAUUGGAGUUAGUGGACACAAAAACAGUCAUCCCUUCAUGCAGAAACAAGUACACAAAAGUGUCGAUCUAGUCAAGUUCCAAGGAGACUACAACAGAACAGCAUAUGGGGUACCGAAAGGGUCAGUGUUUGCUCCCACAAAUUACCAGGUGCAUUCAGGCGAGUCCAAGAACUAUAGUUUCAGGUUGAGCGAGGAGAGUUGUGUAUAUAGAGGUGAUUCAAGUGGCGGCGGUGGUGGUGAUAGUUGUUGGGAUAGUGAUGAGGAAAAAGAGGUGAAUCAUAUUUUUGAGCCUCAUAAUAAUGGACCAAAGAAGUGCCUUGCUUGGGCUUGUAAGGCGUGUAAGAAAAAAACAGUGGCUGUAGAUCGUAGAAAAGCUGCAACCUUGAGGGAAAGAAGGCGUCUUAGAAAGGUCAAUGAAGCAUUCGAGUUGUUGAAGAAGAGGACAUGUAGUAAUCCAGGACAGAGAUUACCAAAAGUAGAAAUAUUGAGAAGUGCUAUAGAGUAUAUAGAAUAUUUAGAAGAAUUACUACAAGAUUCCAAAUCAUCGAACGAACAUUCUAGCAACAUUACAUUUAAUAAUAACAUAAUGAAUAAUACUGGCAACCACUUCCUUUCAGAAAAAUUAGGAAAUUUUUCGGACCAAGGCAACAAAUUUUCUUGCACAAAUGGUUAUGACUUGGCAUCAUCUCCCACAACCUCGAGCUUGGAUUGCUUGAACUUAAUUGUACAAAAUUUAUCGAAUAAUAAAAUUUCCGAGCCUACGGAACCUACAUAGUGAAUUUCUGAUGUUU